AUGUCGGCUGCCCUGCUGCGCCGGGGCCUGGAGCUGCUGGCAGCGUCCGAGGCCCCCCGGGCCGCGACGAGCGGGACGCCGGCGAAACGGGCGCGGAAGGCCAAGGCGAGCCAGACCCCGAAACUGCGGAGCUCGGCCAAGGGGAAGGUCCCCAAGUCUGCCCUGGCCGAGUACCGGAAGCGGGAGUGUCAGGACCACCUCAAGACAAACCUCAAGUUUAUGACCAGUUCAAGGAGCACUGUGGCCGAGGCCGUGACCCAGCAGAUUCUGCGGCAGAACCGGGGCCGCAAGGCCUGUGACCGGCCAGCAGCCAAGCCCAAGAAGAAGAAGGCCGAAGGCACUGUGUUCACUGAGGAGGACUUCCAGAAGUUCCAGCAGGAAUACUUCGGCAGCUAGACGCCCUCAGAGCCUUGUGGGACCAGCUCAGGCGCAGCACCUGCAGUCUCUCGGCCUCCACUGGCCCCAGGAUGCUGCCACGCCAUGCACAGCAUGAGCAGCAGGUAGCCGUGGUGGACCAGCCUAGCUCCUGGGAGCCCCGCAACUGGCGUUUCAGUGGGGGUGGAAUAGAGCUGGUGAGUGGGAAGCCCUGGGGAUAUCCGCGGACUUGAGCCUCAUGCCCAUACAGAAAGGGACAUUUGUGAUUGCUCUGUUUGCUUUUGCCCAGGAGGGGCCUCUGGGCUGUUUGCUGAGGAACAAGGCCAGUCCCCAUGUCCUCAGCAGCCAUGCCCCCAGGAAAGGGAAGUAGGGCUCGAGGGAGUUUCCAGGCUUUAAUAAACAUGAGCCGGAGUUGUGUGCAGCUGA